GCCACCCAGGCGCCCCAGCUCAGAAGCAUUUAGACAAGAUAGGGACUGUCUGUAGGAAACUGUCCAGUCCUUCUGACUACAAGUUGGAAAUGCCUGAGAUUGACUGUGAGAAAAGGUGGGCACUCUUGAAAUUUGGAGGCAAGUAUUACCACAGGACAAAAGCGGCUUUUGAGAAGGCUCUGGAAGCAGAACCUGACAAUCCAGAAUUUAACAUCGGCUAUGUCAUCACAGUGUACUGGCUGGACGAUACUGACCGACACAGGUGUAUAAAGAGCUUUUCUCUGGGCCCACUGAGGAAGGCUGUCACCCUGAAUCCAGGUAAUGCCUACAUUAAGGUUUUACCGGCGCUGAAGCUUCAAGAUGUACAAGCAGAAGAUGAAGGGGAAAAGUAUAUUGAAGAAAUCCUGGACCAGGUAUCUUCCCAACCUCAUGUCCUUCGUUACACAGCCAAAUUCUACAGGAGAAAAAAUUCCUGGGACAAAGCUCUUGAAGUUUUGAAAAAGGCCUUAAAGGUGACACCAAUGUCUUCGUUCCUGCAUCACCAGAUGGGACUUUGCUAUAGGGCACAAAUGACUGAAAUCAAGAAGGCUACAGACAACAGACCUACAGAGGAGGAUAAACUGAGAAUGGACAGGCUUAUUACAACGGCUGUAUCUCAUUUCGAAGUAGCUGUGCAACGAGACUCCAAGUUCCCAUUUGUCUACACGGACCUGGCCAGCAUGUAUGUGGAGGCAGGCCAGUGUAGCAAAGCUGAAGAGGUAUUCCAGAAAGCCCUUCAUCUGGAGAACAUAACCAAUGAUCACAAACAUCAGAUCCACUACUACUAUGGCCGCUUUCAGGAAUUUCACUAUAAAUCAGAAAGUACUGCCAUGCGCCAUUAUUUAGAGGCCUUAAAGAUCAGUGACCAGUCAUCCCUCCAUCCCAAACUGAUAAGUGUUCUGAAGAAACUGGCUGUAAAGAGACUUGGUCAUGAUGCAUCAGAUGUGCAGAGUUUAAGUGCCCUGGGGUUUGUUUACAAGCUGGAGGGAGCCCGGAGGCAAGCUGUUGAGUACUGUGAGCAGGCCCAGAGGCUAGAUCCAGAAAAUGCAGAGUCCCUUGCUGCUCUCUGUGAGCUUCGACUUUCUAUUUAAAUACAUGCUCUAGGAAAUUGCUUUUAAGCUUUUCUUCCCUUGUGGGGCUCAUAUAUUUUUAUUGUUAAUUAUGGAGGCAAUUUUUGUUGAAUGUUUACUGUAGACCAGGCAUCAUCCUAAAUGGGAUGAACCUUUGGAUUUUUUUUUUUAAUUAAAAUGAUGUAAUCCAUUUGGAAACAAAAAAAUCCCAGAUGUUGUGUCUUUCAAAAAUGGUAUGGCCAUUAUUACUAUAUCCCCUUUAUCUCUGCUAUUUAUAGUAAUUUUCUCAUUAGGGGCACUUGGGUGGUUCAGUCAAUUAAGUGUUUGACUCUUGAUUUCAGCUCAGGUCAUGAUCUCAGGGUCACAGGGCUGAGUCCAUGUCUGGCUCUGAGUUCAGCUCAGACGGAGUCUGCUUGUCCCUCUCCCUCCCCUUCUGCCCAUUCCCCCCACCCCCAUAAAUAAAUAAAAUCUUUAAAUAAUAAUAAUUUUCUGAUUAAAUUUUGUCAAAUUUCCCAUAUUGCUCACUUAUGCAGUGAGCAUAAUUCUGCAUAAGCCUUUGACCCCUAGGUCAAGAACCCUCUUUCAGGAAUGCAAAAUUAUAUUAGUAAAGCUCAACUAUAUAACUUGCAAAAGAUGGAUCCUAUGGGUUCUGACUCUGAUGAGGAUAUUUAACCAUUAGCCUGAUAGUAACUUAAAGAUUCCCUUUUGUUGAAAGAAAAAGUUCGUAACAAUAAAGAGUCUGCCAUCUAUGAUGACUUCAAUAAAAGGAGAAAAAAACUAAAAGAGGGGGAAAAGUAUUUCUUUAAAUAUAGGACUUUAGGGACCCAUGAGAAAUCAGAGAUAUUAUCUCCCCAAAAUGUUCACUGCGUAACUAGAAACAGUUUUGAGAAAAAAAUGAACAAUGGAAAAUCAUUGUCUCAAGAUUUUCUGGUCUUUUAACUAGAAGAAUAAACCUAACCUAAAUGGAACUCAUUUUAUUCCAACUAAAACUGCAGAAUUUUUAGGUUAAAAUUAAGACAGAAAGCAGAUUAGAAAGCUGAUUGAGAAAUUGCAAAAAAUUAUUUUAAAAAAUGGGUAAAGUAGAUGUCCCCAUUCUACAUCCAUAGAUUACUAAGGUUUCAGUGAUUUGGUUUUGGGUCUGGGCUGGGUGGUUCUCGUACCCCUAAUUUCUGGCCUUUGGUUAACUCCUAUAGUACCCCAAACUACUUCUGUGUAGCUUUUUCUUUUGCCUAAAGGUUUCAGACGAACAAGAUCUUCCAGGAACAGUUAGAUCUUCCAGGAACAGUUAAGCCCUGCUUUUGGUUUGAAUAUCCACCUUGGAGGGCCUACUGCUUAAGAGCGCUUAUGCCUGGGGGGCUUUUUAAAUUGAGAUCCUACUGAAAGUGGUGUCUCUGCCGUUGUUUCUUUGAUCAUCAUCUACAAUUAUAUUUACCACCACAGUAUUAGUGGAAAAGUGGACCAUGUGACUUGAUUCUCCACACUGCCACUGCCUUGAUGCUAUUAUGUAUGUAUAUUUUUUAUUUAUUGUUACUACUUUUAUUUUAAAAUUUCUAUGGUUAUAUUACAAAAGUGAUGAAUUCUCAUU